UUUCGUCCUUCAGCUGUGGUGGGGAACGGAUUCAUAGCCAAGGAUAUAACAUUUGAAAACUCAGCAGGGCCGAGCAAACACCAGGCGGUGGCUUUAAGGAGUGGGUCAGACCUCUCUGCAUUUUACAAGUGCAGCUUUGUUGGCUACCAGGACACUCUCUACGCCCAUUCCCUCAGGCAAUUCUACCGCGACUGUGACAUAUACGGGACAAUUGAUUUCGUCUUUGGAAACGCCGCUGCGGUUUUCCAAGAAUGCAAUUUAUAUGCUCGUAAACCUAAUCCAAACCAAAAGAACAUUUUCACAGCUCAAGGGAGAGAAGACCCUAACCAGAACACUGGGAUUUCAAUUUUGAACAGUAAGAUUGCCGCUGCUGCCGAUUUGAUCCCGGUCAAAUCAUCGUUCAAGACGUACUUGGGGCGUCCCUGGAAAGAGUAUUCCAGGACAGUUAUUCUGCGAUCAUACAUUGAUGAUUCGGUGGAUCCUGCUGGGUGGUUAGAAUGGAAUGCUACAUUUGCUUUGAGCACCCUUUAUUAUGGGGAGUAUUUGAACAGAGGCCCGGGGUCGAAUACGAGUGCAAGGGUUACUUGGCCUGGUUAUAGGGUCAUCAACAGCUCGACUGAGGCAAGUCAGUUCACGGUUGGGACAUUUAUACAAGGAAAUGAGUGGUUAAAUUCCACUAAUAUUCCAUUCUCUCUCGAUUUGAGUUGAAACUUGAAAGCCAAAUGUCACUAAUUACUUUCUUUUUUCUUUUUUGGUAAUUUGAUUUUGUCCUGGUUUGAUCAAGUAGCCGAACCGCAUUUUGAUCAGCUACCAUCACAAGUCAAAUUGCUUUUUUACUAGAAUUAAUAAAAAGCUUUAUUAAUUCA